AGUUCCAGCAAAUGAUCGACAAGACUUUGGACGAUGAGAAGGUUCGUGUGUCGUUCCCCGAUGCUGAUGACAUAAUUAAUAAAAUCAAUAAAAAGACCUUCGCCACGCUACCCGAUUUUGAUAAUCUACCAUCUUCGAUCCAAAAUGCCGAGAGCUUGCAGCUGCAGACCGCCCAAGUGGAACCAGGUCCACGCACUCGUGGACAUCGCCGUUAUCGGCCAUCCUCGAGGAUCGACAGCCUGGCCAAGCCACUCGCUCGGCUGCGAAAACCAUCAAUUCGACUGAGUGCCGUCUUCCGGGAAGUUGACCCCCAAAUUCCAUGGUCCAAAAAGGGCCCAAAAGUCCAAAAUGAAAAACCCCAAGUAGUGAUUCCGACUCAACCUCCACUACCACCACGAACCAAAACAGGCGUGUCACGCGCAGCUUUGAAGUACGAGGCAUCUGAACACAUUAAACAAUUAGCCAAGCACCGUUCAAAGCCGAAAGUGGAAGACGAAAAUAAGUGCUUCUUGGUGAAACCGUCGUCACUUAUUUACAAACCAUCGCUCCGUAUCCAGCAACUAUCCAAGCCCCAGAUCCGUAAAGUGAUGACGUGAUCGUUGUUUCGAGGUUACA